AUCCAUCUCUGCCUCUGUGGGGCAGUGGUGCGCUUUAACGCGGUUGCCUAAUCCGACCCACAGAAGAAGACACCGGCGGAGAGACAAGAGGAAGAAAAUGACAGGGCGCGCAAAAAGAAAACCUAAAUCCAGUCAGGAGUCAGGUACAGGCAAUGGGGAGCUGAAAAAAGCCCGUACUGAUGAAUCCACAGCUGUGCCAUUGUCAGAGGUGGAAUCAGAUCAGCGUGAUGAGAUUGUGCGACUGUACAAGCUUCAAAUGCCAGAAGACCUAUAUCACUUCUGGGACUUCUGCAAGGAACUUUGUCCUGACAGCCCCUGUGGUGCACUGAAAGACACACUGGGCUUGCAGCUGGUGGGUCCUUUUGAAAUUCUAGCAGGCGCUCACAAAACCUCGAAGAAUCCUCAGCCAAACUUCCACCUUCACUGGAGGCAUUUCUAUGAUCCACCGGAGUUUCAGACGAUCCUUCUGGGGAGUCAGGACAGUCAGCAUCACAUUGGCUACUUCAGAGAUACUCCGGACUCUCUACCUUCCUUUGUUGGGGAAAAUGAAGCCAAGAAAGGAUACACUAUUUCACAGAUGGGGGACAACGUGUUUGCUGCAGUCCUACUGUACUUGUUGAAGAGGAGGAAAGAGAGGGUUGGCAAGAAAGCAGGUGGAGAAGCUUUGGAAAGCUUGGAGGCACAGUUGAGGGACAGGGCAGAGACACUGGGCUUGUCUCUAGAGCAGAAGACCAAAGUCAUGAAGCAGAGAGACAAGAAGGUGGUUACCAAGACGUUCCACGGUGCCGGCAUCGUUGUACCCGUAGACAAGAAUGAUGUGGGAUACAGAGAACUACCAGAAACAGAUGCUGGUCUCAAAAAGAUCUGCAAGGCAAUCACUGAAGCCCGGAAUGAUGAGGAUCGCGUCAAAGCCUUUGGACCUCUCCAGGAGAUGAUCACGUUUGUUCAGUUUGCCAACGACGAGUGUGACUAUGGCAUGGGUUAUGAGCUAGGAAUAGACCUCUUCUGUUAUGGAUCCCAUUAUUUCCACAAGGUUGUCAAGCAACUUCUGCCCAUGGCCUACAGCUUACUGAAAAGGAAUUUGUUUGGGGAAAUUCUGGAGGCUCACCUCUCCAGCCGUAGCCAUGACGACCUGGACCAACUCUCUGCACAAUAAAUAAAGACUCAGAAGUACACUUCAGUUCUAGUUCUUAUAAGCUUUUCUCCACCAUUUGUCCUUGUCUCCUUGUUGUUUGUUAUUGUUUGUGUUUCCUGGUGGUUUUGGUGCUGCUGUCAUUUAUUUGAACCAGUUCAGUGACAUCUUGUUUGUAAAAGGUAGAUGUCUAAUAAAGUAUUUUUAUAUAUA